GUUUAAAACGUUGUCUUAGUUGCAAAACUAUAGUUUUAGCGCGUUAAAAAGGACAUUUUAAUAUAUAUAAUUAUAUAUAGUGAUCCUUGCAAAUCGUAAAAGGUUUUAUUGAAAUACUUAUUUGAUUAUUUAAAUGAGUAAAGUAAACAAUUUGUGGAGUGUUUAAAAAAUUAUAAUUAAAACUUAGUGAACAAAAAAAAAUGAAGAACGAAACUAUGUUGAUAACAGAAUUCUUUAGAAAUCGGGAAAUAUUUAUAACCGGUGGAACAGGUUAUCUUGGUAAAAGUUUAAUUGAAAAACUCUUGCGAGAAUGUCCUGAUAUAUCAAAAAUGUAUCUAUUGAUACGACCAAAGAGAAAUAAAACACCACUAGAACGUCUAAAGGAGUUUUCCGAAGAUUUAGUCUUUGAACAUUUACAUCGCGAACAACCGAAUGCUUUUGAUAAAGUUAUACCGAUUGUUGGCGAUAGUGUUGAACUUGGUAUGGGUAUUAGUCAGGAAGAUUUAGAACGUUUGAAAAAUGUUUCUAUUAUUGUACACGGUGCAGCUAAUGUAAGAUUUGAUAACAAUUUGCGUGGCUCCGUAUUGAUGAACACAAGAGGUACUCACGAAUUAUUAAAGAUUGCCUUAACUCUGAAACAUUUAGUAGCAUUUAUACAUGUUUCAACGGCUUAUGUUAAUCCUUUUGCAUCAUAUAUUAAAGAACAGAUAUAUAAAGCUCCAGUUGAUUGGCGUUCAGCAUUAAAAAUUGCUGAAACCUAUGACGAUGAGACGCUUGAAAUUUUAAAGCUGAAAUAUACAAAAUAUUAUCCCAAUGCCUACAGUUUUACGAAAAAUCUAUCCGAACAAGUAGUACUUGAAUUUUCCGAUAGAUUGCCAAUAACAAUACUACGCCCCUCAAUUGUUUCACAUUCAAUGAAAGAUCCAGAACCUGGCUUUAUUGACAAUUUAAAUGGACCUAUGGGUUUGUUAGUUUCCAUCGCUAUCGGAAUUUCUCAAAUAACAUAUUGCAACGCUGAUUUAAUUAUGGCUUUAAUACAUGUAGAUAUAGUAACAGAUUUUACAAUAAUUGCAGCAUAUAGACGAGGUCUAGAAACGAUGAAUUCUAAAAAAUAUGGCCUGGAUAUACGAAACAUAACAGCCGGAUCUCAAUAUAAAUACACUUUAAGCCAAAGCACUAAAAUUUUCCUUGAGCAUACAAGCCAAGAACCUUUUGAGAAAAGUUUAUGGGCACCAACUGGUUUUAUGACCACAAAUUAUUUCUUAUACAUCAUGUGUGUAUUUUUGGUAAAUAUACCAUUAGCUUUGAUUUACGAUUUCCUAUUGAUGUUAUCGAAAGAAGAAAGAAUGGUUUUCAAAUUGAUGCGUAAAUUUGUUUACACUUCAAAAGCUGUUGGAAAGUUUUCACGCGUAUAUUUUGAAUUUCAAAAUGAUGGCAUGUGGGAACUGGUUAAACACAUACCGGAAAAAGAAAUAACAAAGUUUGGUAAUAUUACUAAAGCUUUCGAAAAAGAUUAUAUUGAGACCAUGAAACAGCUAAGAGAUGGUGUGAAAAAAUAUAUUUUUAAGGAGCCACUUAAAGCAACACCAGCUACUCAAAGACGCUAUAAAAUCUUAAUUAUAUUAGACAGAAUUAUAAAAGUGUUAAUAAUUUCAAUGUUUGUAGGUUUGUUAUGGAAACUGGUUAAUUAAAAUUAAGAAUAAUAAAUGAAGAAAGGGAUUUUUAAAAUAAUAAUAAAACCAAAAAUUAAAUAAUUGUUUAUAAA